GUAAAAGCCCUGUCAUUUGCCGCAGGCGGCAAUUAUUUCGUGACCGUUGGCAACAACCAUGUGAAGUUCUGGUACUUGGAAUAUUCACGAUCGACUAAGUACAAACUGGAACCAGUUCCUCUUAUGGGCCGGUCCGCCAUAUUGGGCGAUCAGAGAAAUAAUUAUUUCUGCGAUGUCGCCUGCGGUCGCGGGGAAUCUGCUGACAGCACUUUUGCAGUCACCAAAUCAGGACUACUCUGUGAAUUCAAUGGACGACGACUGCUGGACAAAUGGGUCGAACUGCGAAUAUCUGUGGCGUAUAGCAUAACCGUUGGAGAGAACCUGAUUCUGGUUGGGUGUUCGGAUGGUAUCGUGAGAUGCUUCAGCCCCUUAGAUCUUCAUUUCAUUUGUACACUGCCCAGGCCGCACUACCUGGGUGUCGACGUUGCCAAAGGCCUCACUGGCAGACAAAUGUCCGGCCAUCCUCCUUCUUCGAAAUACCCGGAUGUAAUAGCGUUGACUCUGGACGAAACGAACAAAAAAGUCACAUGUGUACAUAGCGAUCACAGUCUCUACGUCUGGGAUGUGAAAGAUGUGAAAAAAAUUGGUAAAUCUCAUUCAUUUCUCUAUCACAGUGCCUGCAUCUGGGGCGUUGAGACAUAUCCUGACCUACCAGAGGGCAGUCCCCUCCCCGGUGGAACCUUCUUUACGUGUGCCAGUGACGAUACCAUUCGAAUAUGGAAUUUGGAACAGAAAACUUUCCAGAAUUGUGCCUUAAAACGAAAUAUUUAUUGUUAUGAAUUAUUAAAGAUUUUAUAUACAGACCCAAAUCUGGUCUUCAUAUGUGAUAUCGACCUUCUGCCAGCGGGUACGAAUGAAAAACUCGUCAAUUCAUAUGAUGGCAGGAAUGGCGUUCGGUGCCUCAAAGUCCGGCCAGAUGGAAAGCAUUUAGCAACCGGUGAUCGUUCCGGCAAUGUCCGGGUGUAUGAUCUUCAGUACUUAGAACUUCUUUGUAAAAUAGAAGCUCACGACGCUGAAGUUCUGUGCUUGGAAUACUCGGAUUCCGAAUCAGAUCCCACUCAACUCCUGUCGUCUGCGAGCAGAGACCGGCUGAUCCACAUAUUCGACGCGCAAAAGAACUAUUCUUUUGCUCAAACAUUGGAUGACCACACAUCAUCUGUGACUGCUGCCAAAUUCGUGCGCUGUGGAAACGAACUGCAUUUCGUGUCUUGCGGCGCUGACAAAACUGUGAUAUUCAGGAAAACUAAGUGGAAACCCAGUAUCAAAGUUGUACAGGGACAGACGUUAACGGAAAAGACAACUUUCUACGACAUGGAGAAAGACACUUCCCAGAGCUAUGUCCUCUCCGCCUGCCAAGACAGCAAGAUAAGAAUUUACGACGUUCUCAACGGCAAAUACAUUCGUUCUAUGCCUGGGGCCCAAGGAGAAAGUUCCUUGAUAAAGGUGGCAGUGGAUUCUUCUGCAACGUACGUGGCAACGAGCUCCACCGACAAGACAAUAUAUGUAUACGAUUACCUCACCGGACAGUGCGUGGCGUCGAUGACUGGCCAUUCGGAGCUGGUCACGGGACUAAAAUUCAUGCCAUCGGGAAAACAUUUGAUUUCAGUUUCAGGAGAUGGUUGUAUAUUUGUAUGGAAAUUAACUCUUCAGUCUUCGAAGUCCUUAAGCAAGUCUGGGGAUGUUUCAGCUCUGCCUACUUCUUCCAGUAUUUGGCAAGACUCUAGAAAAACCACAGUGGCAGUUGCAAAACCCAUUCAGACAGGAAAGCAGGCAACUGAAAGCAAGGAAACUGUACCUUUGGACUUUGGAGAUGGGCAGCUGCCUUCGUGGGCGAAAAAGCAAAUAUCGGAUGACUGGAAGGCAGUAGGAAAAUCUUCUCCACCCCCCAUGCAGCCUCGUGGUAGAUGGGCGCAGAGGUUAGAGGGUCAGGCGCUCAUUGUCAAGUCAUACUCAUACACAGAUUCAGUCAUACCCAUACCACAAAUACCUGGUACGUCAUUUCCUGUAUCUCAAAUACCUGCCGAACAAAAGACAACUACCGAAACAACGUAUUCUUGUUCUGAAACCGAAUCUUUAAGCAUUAAAGAAGAUGGUUCCCAAACAAAACAGGUGUCUAUCAGCCGAACGAGUGUCGUACAAAAAUCGACAGAUGGAGGAAGGGUCAGGCACCCAACUGACUCCAGUAGCGCCAGCAGCCUGCGGCUCGACGACGGCGAUGCCGAAGACGAAAGAUCCGACAGCGGGACCACGGAAACCAGCGAACUAGUUUACUAUCCGGAAGGCAAUGCCGACUUCAAAGACAGUUCCUUUCAGAUAUAUGCUCCUCGCGAAGAGAAAAGGCUUAUGAAGAGCAAAUCCGGUCUGCAACACUCUCUUUCCUCAUACGGUGUUUCAGACAAAACGGAUGGCAACACCGAUGACGAGGACUCUGGCACGCCGGGUGAAACAGAACCUUCUUACUCCAGUUCUUUCAGCAUGAGCACCGAAAAUCUGGACAAGCUCGGUUUGCGUGAAAGAUUUAUGCUGGACAAUUUCGAAAACAUGGACAAAUCUCAGAACGAAGAGGGGACCAAUCACAGAAGUCGUUACAGCAUUUCUUCUAAAUUUCACACUACUUCCACGAACAGAGAUUUCAAAUCCAAUACUCUUGGUAGGAGAACGAGUACGAUGUCAUCAAAAAAGAGGGAAGAACUUACAAGAGCUUUAAACGAUGCCAGAAAAAAACUGGAGACUCUCGGAUACAAAACAGGACUGAGUUCAAGCAAGAGUGUUGGCGAUUUGAGCAAUGCUGGUGACAUUGCAGAUAUUCACGAGAAGCCAAGAUUUACCCUGAAAGAUAGCUUGAUCGACAUGAAGAGAAGUACAUCUUUUGGAGAUAUUACGGGAAGCAGUUUUCCCAGAAGGAGGCUGCCUUACACCCCUCAACCAGGUGGUCAAAGUGCUCCUCUGUGGGAACAAGCCAAAACUAUACGUUUCGAUGACACACCCUCCACUGCAGAGCCGACCCAAAACCAAAACUCUAAACCCUCUCUCCAACCCAAACCGAUUAAACUGAGCGCCAGUACCACGUGUCUUGCCUCUCCAAACAUGUCUUCGACUCCGAGAGCACACGUUAAUAACUCUAACAGUCAGACUGUUCCAGAUUCUGGACAAGUCCUGCCACUUAACAAGUCCAUGUCCAGCCUUACUAUCAGUACGACAAGUGGCCGUGCCUUAUCGAACACCAGACGCUUGUCUUUAGCUGGUGUCAAUCGCCGGACAAAUUAUUCUGACUCUUCGUCUUCAGAAGCCUCACCCACAGAAAGCCGAUCGAACAGCAUGGUACCACGGGGUAUUGUGGCUAGGCGGAUGAAGGCCUUCUGCUCAGAACAGCUUGGCGGUGGCCAAGGUAACGACGGUUCGAAAAGGCAAAGGCAUAAAAGUGCAAGGGAACCCUCUAAAUCUAAAAGCGACUGGGACUUGAGAAAAUUACAUGACGAUGUGCUAUCGCCAGCACGUUACACUGAAAAGAAACAAGAGUUUAACUCAUCUCCGUCCAAAACCCUUCAUUAUGGUCUGCUGAAGCAGAAUAAAGAGAAGAGCCAUGUGGACUAUAUGGAACAACUAGAAGCCAGUCCUAAUGAUCUGCCAGUAAAAGAUGGCAGUACAAGUGUAGCAAGCAACUACUUAGAUCUAAAUACAACGCCGUUGACAAAAGAAUUGUGCGAAAAAGUGUCCGACGAUCUUAAGAAAGUCACAUCUUUCGCUGUUCAGCUAUUCCAAAGGGUCACAGUCGACCCCCAACUGAGCACAGCAGAAAAGACAUCGAUGACAACUACGCUAGCGCAAGGUGUGUGGCAAGCUCAACAGAACUUACAACCCACUGCUUUCGGUGCCAGGACUGCCAACCCUGAAGCACAAACAGAACCUCAAGUAGCCAUGAUGUUACUUCAGCAGUACUCAGACAAAUUACUAAGCUUAGUGGAGCAGAGGAUAACGAAAGUUGAAAAAUAGUGCUAGAAUUAACGUACCUAUUCUACAAGACUGAAAUAUUAAUUAAUUUUCCCUUCAGCAGCUGUGAAGCCUCGUACUGAUGCAAUCAAACCCAGAUAUAACGAAAGAAGCUUCCGUUCCCUUAAAAUCUCCGCUGCACUUAAUUUUAUUUUAUAAGACUAUAGCGGACAUCCAAAAUGCAUAAAAUAGGACAUAACGAACGAAUGUUUUAUUUCUGUUGAAUUUCCUCCAUACUUAGCAUUAUUUUACACCACUAUAGAUAACAUUCGAAAUGCAAGAAAAGUAGAUAUAACAAACGUUUUGGUCCGAUAGAAGUAGAUAUAAAAACGUCAAAAUUCACAAGACUAAUAACGGACAUCCAAAAUGUAUCAACAUCGGAUGUAAUGAAUUCUAGGAUAAAGCAGACGAACGCUUUAAAUCUGAAAACAUCUGAAAUGCUUGAAAAUCGGAUGUAACGAACUAUCUGUUUCCUUCAAAUUUCCCGUAAAAUGAAUAUUCUUUAUAUGGCUAUAACGAACGCCCAAUACGUAUGGAAGUCAGAAAUAACGAGCUUUUUCGUCCCGUCUCAUGUUUAAUAUUAUUUUAUACGACUAAGCGAAGAUCCAAAACCUAUAAAAAUUGUAUAUAUCCAACUUUCUGUUCCAGCUAAUUUUUUCUAUACUUAACAAUAUUUUAUUCCACUAAAGCAAACAUCCAGAACGUAUGGAAAUCCAAUAUAACGAGCUUUUUGGCUCCGUCAAAUUUCCCGUAUACUGAAUGUUAUUUUAUGCUGCUAUAACGAACAUCCAAAACGCAUGAAAAUCGGAUAUAAUGAACAGAUGUUUCGGUCUCGUCAAAUGUCCUGCGUACUUAAAGUUAUUUUAUACCUCUAUAACUGACAGCCAGAAUGUUUGAAAAUCGGAUAUAACUAUCUUUUUUGUCAAAUUACUUGUCUACUUAAAUCUAUUACCGCUGUAACGAACAUCCCAAAAGAAAGAAAAUCCGAUAUAACAAGCUUUUGUGCCACGGUCAGAUUUCUAGUACUCUGAAUGUUAUUUUAUAAGGGCUAGAAUGAGCGUCCAAACUAUAUGGAAAUAAGAUAUAAUGAGCUUUACGGCGUAACAUAUGAAUCGCAACUCCGAAUGUACAACAAAAAUCACGUUUCUCACAGACUAUAUUUCAUCGCCGAUUCUGGUGGCGCAUGCGCUAUUAGACAAGAUUCUCUUCUGUCGCCAAGUAUUUCUCAGCUAAUACAAAACAAUAACGAAUAUUUAAAACGCAUGAAAAUCAGAUAUUUGGUGCCGUCAGAUUUACCGCAUACUUAAUGAUAUUUUAUACUACUAUAGCAAACAUCCCAAACGCAUGAAAAUCGCAUAUAACGACGUUUUUUGUGCCCCGUGAAAUUCCUGUAUACUGAAUGUUCUUUUAUACUGCUAUAACGAAUAUCUAAAAUGUAUGAAAAUUGGAUAAUACGAUCUUUUUGGUCCCGACAAAUUUUUACUCCACUUAAUAUUAUUUUACAAGGUUAUAGAGAUGAUGCAUAACUCAUGGAAAUUAGAUGAACGAACUAACGUAUAUAACGGACGUUUCGGUUCCAUCAAAUUUCUUGUAUACGUAUCGUUAUACAAUUAUAGCAGAUAUUCAAGACGCAGGAAAUUCGGAUAUAACGAACUGUCUAGUCCCGUGAGAUUUCCUCUAUACUUAAUCAUAUUUUAUUAUACUCUAGCGAACAUCCAAAAUACAUGAAAAUCCAUUUAACGAGUUUUAUCUCUAGCUUUGAAUUUUUCAUAAUUUUUUUGUGAAAUUUUUUAGUGUUUUGGUUGAAAACUUACUAACAUAUAAAAUCAUCACCAAUUUAUUGUUGGCUAUUAGGAAAACGAAAGCCAUUUUCCCCGCAGUUGCCAAAUAUCUCAAUAUCAAAUCAAAUAUCAGUCUUGCCGAAGAGACUUGCGGUUUUUCAACACAUUUACCGGUACGUCGCCAAAUCUCCCGUUUUUUAAUUUUUAGCCUUUCCGAACAAUAAAUUAAAUUUUGUUCCGUUCCGUUUGCCGUUGUUGCCGCGUCUAGCUUGCAAAGAUGCAAGCUGUAUACCGGCUAUCUUCAGUUGGUUGCUUCAUGUAGCGGUGCAGAGACAGAAAUGAUUAAGUCCUGAAGACAAGAAAUAAUACAUAAAAAUACAAUUUUUGUCUCAUAAACUGGAAGACUCUAUACACAAUUAAACUUAUUGAAUUAAGGAAACUUAAAUUGUGCCAAUUUCAUUCCCCACCCCUGGCGAAUUUCGGCAUAAUUUAUCUUAUUUAAUUUCAUUUGGUAAAAAUUGUCUUACUCUACCGUAGACAUUGUUAGAACUUUGAAAGGAAGAUUCAAGCAAUCUUUGAACUGUUAAUAUAUGAUUAACUUGUACAAUAAUUAAAUAAAUUUAAAAAGUACUUCGAUAAAUAAAAGCAUUCUUUGCGGACUGAAAGUUUUCGCACUGUAAGAGAAUUACGAAAUAAAUUUAGGCAAAGAACAAAAAAAUUUAGAAAAUCAAACUAAGUAGUAAUAUAUUUUACAUUAGAAUCAAGCUCUUUAUAAAUGAAUUCAUUCCAGUUUAGAUUUUUUUUUUUUUUUUAAACUGGCGUUGCUUUCCAACUUGAAAAGCUAUCGCAAACGGGACACCGUCAUAACGGUGCCUCAUCUUAAUGCAAGUCCAUUGCUAGUUCACAUUAAUGGAAGUUACUUUCUCCGCGCUCUAAAAUGAACUUCAAAAGAGUGCGGGCAUCUUUACGCACGUCGGUGACUACUCAUUAAAAUAAAGACUCGACCAUGGGCGCGCCGGCAUCUUGACUGAGGUUUCAAUCUUCCUGGUGUAAACCGAACUUCAUAACGGCGCCGAGCAGCCCUUAUGCCUUGAUGAAUAAUGACUAACUUGCAAAGGGUACUCACACUUCUGUUCCAGUCGGUGAUUGUUCACUUAGAUCUUCAAAGGAAACUGAAGAUCCUAACGAAAGUUGCAUUUUUUAUGGUAAAAUUUAAAACUUGGUACAGUACCAGGAACCUUUUAUGUCUUAAUGCUGAGGCACUCUUGUACCUUAGUGAACUUACAAAAAGGUGACAGCCCAUUUAUUAUGCAGAUUAACCGCGCCGGUCAAAUCACUUCGAUCAUCCUUCUAUGGUUGCAGGUAAUAAUAACUGUAAUCAAAUCUUAAUAUAACUUUUUUAUUUAAAGAAAAUACAGUUAUGCCUUUCUUUCAGCAUUUUCAGCCUUUUAUUUCAUUUGUGAUUUAUCAGUUAAUUUUUACACUUUUCAGCGAAAAAAAAAGUUUAUUUUCUUGUUUGAUCUCAUAUAACGAGACAAACUUCCAGAUGCUUGAAACUCGUUAUAGCAGGGUUUGAUUGUAUAACUAAAGUGUCAAAUACGUUCAUCUUGUUCUAACUUGGAAACAGAUACAAAUGCCUUUGAGAUAGUGAUUCUUGAAAGAAUUUUCAGAUGAGAAUAACGCAUGGCUUCGUAACAGAAUUUUAUAACCAUUUACAGCUUUUAGAAAUAUAAUAACAAAUUUUCUGUAAAAAGGGGAAAACGAAGAACAUUCUCGUUAUGUGUAUAAAGGAACUCCGUAUUUGUUUCAUUAAGAAAUAUUAUUUUAUGUGUCAUUCAUUCUAACUAUUUUGUUGUACGUCUAUAUAUAUUUGUGAAUAUUUAAUUAAAUCUUUUAAGUUUAUUGUGUA